GAAUUCUAUCCCUCCAACGCGAGCGGCCACAAGAUAGAAUUCGACGAAGGGCCCACUUAUGUUCUUCGACCUCAUCCGAAAAAUUACAUUGACCCAGGAUUCAUUCAGAUGCGCGGGCCACCCACUCCUCCACUAUCCCCUCUAUUAGACGGAAAUCCUCCUGCUGCUCAAGCACCUUUUUCAACGAAUGAGAACAUCCCCGCUCUAUCUUCGGACCAAACCUCUCCGACGCCCCCUCGGAGUCCAACAGGCGCAAUGGAUCCCUUGAUAGAAGAGACUCUGAAAGAUAGAGCACGUGCAGAACUAAAUGUAACUCUUCCAAAUGAAGGGCUAGCCUCGGGGUCCAAUUUGCCGCCCAUUCAUUCCCAAUCGAAGUUUGACUGGUUACGGCGUAUCUGGCUUCUCUUCAUCCUCGACUGAACACUUUAUUCGUUUCUAGGUCAUCUUUGUCGCGAGGAAUGGGCUAAGAUAACAGAGGUGUGGGAAUGGUGUAUUUCUGUCUUGUGAGAGCGUAUUGCAUGUGGAG